AUGAGUGAAGACGCGUCCACCAGCGACACCGCCACGGAGGCUCAAGGAGAUAAUCUUGAAGCACUAAUGAAUGAGAACGUCGUAAGCAGAUUGGCCAGCCUCCCUUUGAUCAGCGCCAUGUACAAUCUGUGCGCCUCCUUGUAUCACCGGGCUAAAGAAACUCAUCCGUACUUCAACAAGGCUGCCAAUGUGAUGGAGACGGUAACUGCAGUGGCAGUAGGGAUCGUAGUAGGGGGCACACAGCCAAUCCUCAACCACGUCGUGCCCCGCAUUUCAGCGGUGAAUAAUUAUGUGAAUCAGGGUCUGGAGAGAAUAGAGGAGACUCUACCCUGCCUUCACCAGCAACCCACUCAGCUGUAUGAAGACAGCUGCAAUUUAACCAAAACAGUGGUUUCUUCCACGGUCAACACGGCCAAGGAUGCUGCUUUCGGAGCCAAAGAUAUAGUGACCCAACGAGUGGCAGAAGCCGUAGAUAUCACCAAGGAUAUUGUGCAAGACAGCGUCGACUUGACCAAGUCAGUAGUUGCUUCCACGAUGAACACUGCCAGGGAGGCUGCCUUUGGGGCAACGGAUCUCAUGACCCAUAGAGUGGCCGACGUCGUCAACUUGACCAAAGGGACUGUUCAGGACACCGUCGACUUGACCAAGUCAGUGGUGUCUUCCACAAUGAACACCGCCAAGGAUGCUGCGUUUGGAGCCACGGAUCUCAUGGCCAACCGAGUGGGUGACAUCAUCAACUUGACCAAAGGGACAGUUCAGGAUAGCGUUGACUUGACCAAGUCAGUGAUGAAUUCCACAGUUAACUCCACCAAGGAUGCCACGUUCGGGGCCACGGAUCUCGUGACCCACAGAGUAGCCGACAUCGUCAACUUGACCAAAGGGACAGUUCAAGACAGUGUCGACUUGACCAAGUCGGUGGUGACGUCCACCGUCAACAAUGCCAGGGAUGUUGCAUUUGGGGCCACGGAUCUCAUGACCCACAGAGUGGCCGACAUCGUCAACUUGACCAAAGGGACCGUUCAGGACAGCGUCAGCUUAACCAAGCUGGUGGUGAAUUCCACAGUGAAUACUGCGAAGGACGUUGCGUUCGGGGCCAAAGAUAUUGUGACGAGCAGAAUGGGUGACAUCAUCAACUUGACCAAAGGGACCGUUCAAGACAGCAUGGACUUGACCAAGUCGGUGGUGUCCUCUACAGUGAGCACUGCUCUCCAAGCUGCCCAGGGGACGAGGGAUAUUCAGAUGGUGGCGAGCAGAGUGGACGCCAUGCUGGACAAGUCGGAGAGAAUGGUGGACCACUUCCUGCCGGUGACGCAGGAGGAGCUGGGUAAGAAGGGAGCUGGACGUUUGGCAGCAUCGCCUCCGUGUCUUUCGGAUGCUAAGGCUGCCACGAAGGACGGGAAGCAAAGUUAUUUCAUCCGCUUGGGGUCCCUAUCCACCAAAGUCCGCCACCGGGCCUACAUGCAUUCCCUCAGCAAGCUUCAUCUCCUCAAGGAAAGCACUCAAAAUAUACUUUUGCAACUCCAGCUGGUUAUUAACUUGGUCGAGAAUGUGAAACAAGGUGUGGGGCAGCGGUUCCAAGAGGCCCAACAGAAACUUCACCAGGUCUUGUCGGAGUGGGCCCAGAUGCAGCCAGGAGGAAACCAGCCCACAGGAGACACAGAGACGGAGGUUGAAUCACGAACUCUGGCCUUGCUGCGUCUGAUCACACAAGACCUGGGCCCGGCCUACUCCCGGCUGAUGUCCAGCAUCGACGGCCUCCCCGGCAACAUCCGGGAGAAAGUGGACCGAGCCGUCGGCAACGUCCGCCAGCUCCACGCUUCGUUCUCCUCCGCCACGUCCUUCCGAGACUUGCCAUCCAACAUCCUGGCCCAGGGCCGCGAGCAGAUUGCCAAGGCUCGUGAGGCCCUGGACAUGCUGGUGGAGUACGUCAGGCAGAACACGCCCCUGAACUGGAUUGUGGGGCCCUUCCGAGCGUUGCCGGCUGGGGCCAAGGAGGUCACGAUGGAGGAAAUGCCCACACUGGAUGGCCCAGAGAGGGCAAAGAAAGCACCCAAGGGGGGAGACAAGGCCACCCCGUUGAGUGGGGCUCUGAAGGAGGCGGGGACGCCCCCCCAGCCCCUGGGUGCGGUGCCCAAAUUGGCAAAGGUGCCCAAGCAAGCCAGGGAGGCGGAAGCAGGAAAAGCGAAGGAAGCAGACAAGACUCGGGAGACAGAAGCUACUUUUGAAAUGCCGAAGAGAGCAAAGAUAGAGGUCAAGGAAAAGGAAGGGGAAGCCAAAAAGGCAGGGAAAAGCGCUCUGAAUAAGAUCCCUGAAGCACCUGAGAAGAAGCCAUAA